AUGUCUUUCAAGGAGCUGUGUGCCUAUGAAACGCCAUCCGUUGCUGAAUUACAGCACUUCCUGUUGAGUGACAGACGGCCCACUGGACAUGUCAACCAAGUGUGGCCUAAUGUGUACAUUGGCAAUGAGGUUGCGGCACGUGACAAGUCAAUGCUGUACAAUAUGGGGAUCACACACAUUGUGAAUGCUGCUAGUGGACCCCCUCAUGUCAACACUGGGGCCCGCUUUUACAGAGACAUGUCUAUAGAUUACUAUGGAGUGGAAGCUGAUGAUUCCUCAGACUUCAUCUUAAGUGUGUUUUUCUAUCCAACAGCAAGAUUCAUACGAGCUGCACUGUCAAAAAAUGGAAGAGUGUUUGUCCACUGUCUGAUGGGAGUGAGUCGCUCUUCCACUCUAGUGUUGGCCUUCCUCAUGAUUUGCGAGGAUCUUACUCUGAUGGAGGCUGUUAAAUCUGUACGGCAACACAGGGACAUCUGUCCUAAUCCUGGCUUCCUUAACCAGCUACGACAUCUUGACAUGAGCCUCGUCCGAGAGAGGAAGAAAAAACUGGAAGCUUACAAAUUGUAACUGAAAACCUGGUAACAAUGAGCCUCGUUCUAGUUAUUUUGGGCCAGAUCUUAUUUGCUAAUAUCCAUUGUAGUGCAAUGGCAAAGUGGGUAUCAGAAGACAAAAAUGAAGGGCUUCCCCAUAAAUAGUAAAUAACCUCCACAGGGCUGCAGGGUCACAAAAUAAAUGGCAGGUUUUUAAAUUUCUUCCAGAUGAGAUAUACUUUGAACUUGUUUCAAAAUGAGCCAGCAAGCAUGUUUGCUUUUUUUACUGGAGUGAAAUGAAACGGUUGUGGCUUGCUCUUUAUCAUGGGAAGGUGGAAGAGCCAUGCAUGGCUACAAUGUCUUAAGGGUUGAUCCCCUGUAGCGAGUUCCUAAUGGGUAUCAUAUGUUACAACAUAUUUACGGUUUCUGCUCAAAUCCAUUGGUGUUGUGACCCACGGAUAUUGGGGAAACUGAUGGCCA